AUGCAGCCUUCUCGUGAGCUCGAAGAACUGAUUGCGCGUCUUGGAAACCGAAACGACCCGGGAUUCCCUUGUGUGGGUCGACAGCUCAUGCAAAAUGGUCAACAGGGUGACAUAGUAACUCUUGGAAACGGUUACGUUGUUGGAGAAGAGUGCAGGGAGGUAUUCUACCGAGAGGAGAGUGGGCUUGCUACCAAAUUGUCUUCUGACAAUCAUGACUCAAACUGGGAGACGUUGGAAUCGAAAACCCCAAGAGAAAAAGCUAUUAUCAUGGCAUGCUUUCCAUACCGAAUCGAGAAAGAUACAGCCAGCGGAAAGAUGGAAUUUGAAAUGCUGUUAAAUGCCAUCCCAAAACGAGUGGUUGGUUGGUGGUUGCCAAUAGAGAAUGUAAGAUAUGAGAAUCUGCAUAAAACUAUUUAUCAUUUUUAG